AAAAUAAAUAAAAUGUUUCACAUUAAAAUACUAGAAUCACUUUCCAGAAAAUGUUUUACUAGAGUUAACAAUAAGUAUAUUAAGGAUGUUUUAUUUUAUAAUCUUACAAUUUCUUAAUUAUUUAUAUCUGUAAUAUAUUAUUAACUAUGUUCAUUAGAUAUACAUAUACAGAUAAAAAAAUAUAUCUGGUCUUAUAUUUAUCUUGUAAAUUAGUUAUUUUCAUUUUCUUAUUUCUGUAUAUACAUAUGUACAUAUCAAAAUCAACUAUUCCACGUGUACGUUUAUGUGGGGUUUAUCUAGUAUGUAUAUAUAUCUUAGAAAUGUACUAUUUAUAGUGAAUUUUAUUUAUUCACACAAAUUAGGUAUAUUUUAUUUUUUAUGCACACAAAUUAGGUACAUUUUACUUUUUAUGCACACAAAUUAGGAAUAGUAUAUGAGCAAUUUAUCUAAUUGGCUGAAAAUAACUAUUAAGAAGAAAUCAACAAAAACAUUAAAUACAUAAGAUCUGAUAUGAAUAAUGAGGAAAAUACAGAUAUCAAAAGCUUAAAACUUUGACACACUCACCUCACCUUAUAUACUCAAUACAUGUAAGUAUAGAUUUGUAUAUCUAUAUAAGAAGCUAGAGUUACCCCAAGUCUAUAGCUAACUUGAAAAGGACAAGAAGUUCUCACAUGACCCGAACCACACCAUCCAUGGGUCCCUUUUACUCUCUCUUAUAAGAUGUGUUCUUCUUCUCUAUCAUCGAGAAAAUUUCUAAACCCACUAUUUUCUUCACCCUUUAAAGUCAUCUAGAGAGAGAACCCAGUUUAAAAUUGAAAAACCAUUGAUUUCAUUUUCCAUUUUUUUAAUAUAUAUUUGGAGUCAACGAAAAUAUCAGAAGAAGAAGCGAACACAAAGAAUGGCUAGUGGCUCCGGCAGCAACAGCAACGACUUCAACAUGGCGAUGGGAGAGCACAUGUUCGACAAAGUGCUAACAACAAGCGACGUCGGGAAACUAAACCGCCUCGUGAUUCCAAAGCAACAUGCAGAAAACUACUUUCCCUUGGAAGAAAUUGAAAACGGCACGAUGUUGGAAUUCCAAGACAGGAACGGCAAGAUGUGGAAGUUUCGUUACUUGUACUGGAGCAGUAGCCAGAGCUACGUGAUGACCAAAGGAUGGGUCCGUUUCGUCAAAGAUAAGAACCUUGAAAGCGGAGACACCAUCUCGUUCCACCGUAGCUACGUCCCCGACGAUACCGAACCGGGGAAACGAAUAAAAAAACUGUACGUUGACUGGAGGCAUAGAGCCGACAGGAACCUCGUACACAACAUAAACCAUCAUCAUCAUUACCCGCUUUUAAUGCCUCCGACUUAUCCAACUGCUGGUUACUAUCCCUUGUCUGGAUAUUCCAUGCCGCAUUACCAAAGGCUUCCACCUUUUUAUCAUAACCAGUUUCAAGAGAGGGAUUUUUCAGGGUAUGGUUAUGGAGGGCCUUACUACGCGAGAUCACCGUUGGAUCAUCAUCAUCAUUAUCAGUAUGGAAGAUCUGAGCCAUUGGUUUAUAACUCUUAUCCUGUUUACCCGACCACGGGGGUACCUUCGUCUUCCGCCAGGUUACCUCCUUAUCCUCCUCCUCAUCAGCCGCCGCAGGAGGGGACGGCGAAGAAGCUAAGGCUGUUUGGGGUCGAUGUGGAGGAGUCUUCUUCUUCAGGAGAGGCACGUGGCGAAAUGGCUGUUGCUGGGUACUCUUCGUCUUCUCCAGUUGUGAUCAGAGACGAAGAAUCAUCUUCAGCUAUGCAGUUAAGCGAGGAUGAAGAAUAUAAGAGGAAAGGGAAGUCCAUAGACUUUUAGAACAAAGAGUCUUCUAUUCAUCAUUUGUUUCAUCCUUUUAAAAUUAUUAUAAUGUUAUUUGGCAAUUGGGGAAUUUAAAAUGUAGUGAGGAACUUCACCGGGAUUA